AUGAAGGGCCGAUUUGUCGUUAACCCGUUCCAGCAGCUCAACCUGAUUGCAGCCGACCGCUCGAGCCUUGUGGAGUUGGCCAACCAAUGCAUCUCAACCAACCUGGAGUACUUAACGCACUACCAGACCAACAAGCGCAGGGUCAACCCAGCUCACUGGAAGUCGCUCAAGGAGAAGGAGAAGCUCAAGGUGUACACGGAGAAACCCGAGGGCGCAGCAGCAGCCGCAGCUUCCGGCAAUGAGCCGACCGGGUCUGGCCUGCCCAUGAUCCUCUGCGUCGGUACGAAGGAAGGCAAACUGGACGACCUCAUGUACGGCGUUGUCAGCGAAGACCUCGAGACGAUGCGCAUGAAGGCCUCGUACUCGCUGGUGAUCAAGUGGAUGGAGCUCGACAUCCCCUUCGCCUCCACGAGUCUCGUCAAGAACCGCGACUACGUUUACCUCGAAGGCACAGGCUUCGUCACGACCUCUAAGGGUGAGCGCAUGGGCUACCACUUGCUGCACUCGGUCAACUUCCCAGAGACUCACGGUCUACCCAACCGCGUCCGUGGCAACCUCUCGAUCAUCGCCUUUUGGCGCCAAGUUGGUGCGAAUACAAUGGAAAUGUACGCGACUGGAGUCAUGGACCCGGUGGACGCUGGACUGGUGCGUAAGCUGGUGGUGUCCAACAUGGCCAACCUGUUCCUCUCGAGCUUGAAAUACGCCUACUGCGGACAAAUGCGCAAGCUCUCGUACAUGCUCGAGCGACGCUACGAGGAGUCGAAGCUGCAUGGGACUCCCAACAGGAAGAACGUGUGCGUAACCUGCUCGUCUCCGGUUACGACCCGAAAGCUCGGAGACUUUGGCAAGAGCAACAGCUCGUGCAAACUGUGCUUCGGCUUCGUGUGCCACGCGUGCAAGAUCGUCCGUAAGCUGAGCUUCGUGGACCCGGACUUGCUGCUCUCUCAGCGCAAGGUGACGUUCUGCACCGCGUGCAUCAGCGAGGUGACAAGCAUGAGUGCGCUUGACGUUGCUCGCACGUACUUGCUGGCAAGACAGCGUCACCAGGAUGCGAACUCAAGUGCAGACAGGGCCCUGUCUUCAGGAGCAAACAGUACCGAGUUGUCGUACUCGACUGGCAGUCAAUCGGACCUUGGUGGUCGCUAG